AAUUCACUGCCCCUUGGUUUCAGCUUGAAACGGCCGGGUUGCAGGACACUGCAGCUUUAAGCAGUAUAUAUACGACAAUAAAUCUGUUUGUUUUGCGAGACUUCCUGCAAAUACUGAAAACUUGUAUUUCACUUUCACUUUGCAAGCAGCUACCGUUGUAGUGGUGCAUGUAGCCUGGGAGAAAAAUCGAAACGUCUUCAUUCACUUACAAGUAAAAAUGGUGCUCAAAUACCCAGAGGCCCGGAGAGAUGAAAGCAUAAUUGACGACUACCAUGGCACAAAAAUCCCAGAUCCCUACGCGUGGCUGGAGGACCCGGACAGUGAGGAGACGAAGGCAUUCGUGGAGGCCCAGAAUGAGCUGACCAUGCCUUUCCUGGAGAAGUGUGCGGUGGGGACGAAGUUUCACCAGAGGCUGACUGAGCUUUAUGACUAUCCCAAAUACAGCUGCCCCUAUAAGAGAGGGAACAAGUACUUCUAUUUCUAUAACAAGGGGCUGCAGAACCAGGAUGUGCUGUACAUGCAGGACUCUCUCCAAGGGGAGGCGCGGGUCUUCUUUGACCCCAAUCGGCUCUCUGAAGACGGGACUGUGGCUUUGAAAAUGGCGCGUCUGUCGGAGCAGUGCGAGUGCUUUGCCUACGGGCUGAGUGGCAGUGGCUCGGACUGGGUCACUGUGAAGUUCAUGACGGUGGCGGAUCAGAAGGAGCUGCCUGACACUCUGGAGAGGGUGAAAUUCAGCUGCCUGUCCUGGACUCACGACGACAGAGGAGUCUUCUACAACUGCUACCCCCGGCAGGAGGGCAAAGCCGACGGCACUGAGACCACCACCAAUCUCAACCAAAAGCUCUUCUACCAUGUGAUCGGAACCAGCCAAUCCGAGGACAUCCUGGUAGCAGAGUUUCCUGAUCACCCCAAAUGGCACAGUAGCGCGACGGUGUCGGACGACGGGCGGUACGUGCUGCUGUCUAUAACAGAGGGAUGCGAGCCGGUGAAUCGGCUGUGGUACUGUGACCUGCAGCAGCUGAGCGGCGGCAUUACUGGGAUUCUGCCGUGGGUGAAGCUCGUUGAUAAUUUUGAGGCUCAGUACUCCUAUGUGACCAACGAGGGCAGUGCCUUCACCUUCCGCACCAACCUGCUCGCUCCUCGAUACCGUCUCAUCAACAUUGACCUGCAGAGUCCAGACCCCUCUCUGUGGACAACACUGAUCCCAGAGCAUGAGAAAGACGUCCUGGGCUUCGUGGCCUGUGUGAAUUACAGCUUCCUGCUGGUGAACUACCUGCACGACGUGAAAGACGUGCUGCAGCUGCACCAGCUGAGAACAGGCGAGUUCCUCAGGACCCUGCCCCUGGCUGUGGGCACUGUGGUGGGGGUGAGCAGCAGAAAGAAACACGCAGACUUCUUCUAUCAGUUCAACUCCUUCACCACUCCAGGAAUAAUCUACCACUGUGACCUGACCUCAGAGACUCCGGAGCCUACAGUGUUCAGACAGGUGGAGGUGAAGGGCUUCGACCCCUCGGACUACCAGACUGUCCAGGUGUUCUACCCCAGCAGAGACGGGACGAAGGUCCCCAUGUUCCUGGUGCACGCGACGGGGAUCACGCUCGACAGCUCCCACCCAGUCUUCCUGUACGGCUACGGGGGAUUCGAAGCCUCCAUCCAGCCCUACUACAACGUUGCCUACCUGCUGUUCGUGAGACACCUGGGUGGGAUCCUGGCCGUCGCCAACAUCCGCGGGGGAGGAGAGUACGGGCAGACCUGGCACAAAGGUGGCUGCCUGGGUAACAAACAGAACGGUUUUGAUGAUUUCCAGUGUGCUGCUGAAUAUCUGAUCCAUGAGAAAUACACCACGGCCAGUAAACUCGCCAUCAACGGAGCAUCAAAUGGAGGGCUUCUGGUUGCCGCCUGUGUGAACCAGCGUCCGGAACUGUUUGGCUGCGCCGUGGCGGAGGUGGGUGUGAUGGACAUGCUGAAGUUCCACAAGUUCACCAUCGGCCACGCCUGGACCACGGACUACGGCUGCUCCGACAACGAGGAGGAGUUCCACUGGCUCAUCAAAUACUCCCCCCUGCACAACCUGCCCCUCUCCUCCAGCCCCGCGCCUCCCUACCCCGCCAUGCUGCUGCUGACGGGGGAUCACGACGACCGCGUGGUGCCCCUGCACUCCCUCAAGUACACAGCCACCCUGCAGCACUGUGUGGGCCGCCGCCCCGGCCAGAGACAGCCCCUGCUGAUCCGCAUCGACACCAAGAGCGGGCAUGGAGCUGGCAAGCCCACUGCCAAGGCCAUCCAGGAGGAGGCGCACAUCUUCAGCUUCAUCGCAGAGACCCUGGGGCUGAGCUGGAGGGACUGAGCACAGGCAGAGGGGCUCGGCUGAGACACUGACACGCUGACGCACUCUUUGAUUUUAGGGCUGUGUUGGAUUGAGGACAGACUGGACACACAUCUCCUUCAGGGCUGACACACACAGACGGACGCACACAGUCUGACAGACACUUACACACACUAUAGGCACAGACAGAUGAAGAAAGACACACAUAUAGUAGACAGACUAACACUCUCACAAAGACAGACAGAUGCACACACAGGAAUAACAGGUGCGGGGGGGGGGGGCUUUGUUUACCUUGAAAAAGACUUGAUGCUGUGUUUCAAAAUAAAUCAAUGAAUGUAUUUUUUAACAGUUAAUCUGUCUUUAAUAUUCUUGUUGAUUAAAAACCUUAUCUUAGGUAAGGUAAUCCUAGAUUAGUUCUAGUCGAGGUCUGUGAAACCAGUCAACAAUGUCUUCUAAAUGUUUUACACACUCUACAUAAACAGAUUAAAUAAG